GGCGGAGCCCCGAGGAGCAAGAGCAGAAGCUGGAGGAGGAGAGGUCGGAGCUGUCUCCAGGAGCCCUUAGAGACCGAGUCUCCGGCGGCGGCAGCUGCGGCGGCGGGACAACGCACGGGCAGGCGAAUUCAUUCCACCACUUAAAACCUGACAACGUUGGGCCACACAAGAGUCUCACUGAUUUCAGGUAAAAACAGUAAUUGAAGAUGUCCAGCAAAACAGCAAGCACCAACAACAUAGCCCAGGCAAGGAGAACUGUGCAGCAGUUAAGAUUAGAAGCGUCCAUUGAAAGAAUAAAGGUUUCCAAGGCGUCCGCGGACCUCAUGUCGUACUGUGAGGAACAUGCCAGGAGUGACCCUCUGCUGGUCGGGAUUCCAACUUCAGAAAACCCUUUCAAGGAUAAAAAAACUUGUAUCAUCUUAUAGUGGAAGAGUGAAACAGUCCCUCACCUCUUCUCAACAAAGAAAAUUAUGAGCAGCUCCUUGGAGAGAUUUCCCUUCAGCUUAUUUGGUAACCACUGCUAAUAACUAAAAUGUUCUUACCUUGGAAAGUGGACUCUGAGGUCUUUAUUCUCCAAAUUGUCUUUUCUCUAAAAUACCCUUUACUGAUUUAAUAGAGAGUAACUAUCUUGUUUUCCAUUUGGUAAUUGUGG